AGAAAAAGAUGGCCGACAGCGAUGCUGGCGAAAUUUUCGCAGCAGAGAAUAUUCAGAAAAAGAGAGUUAGAAAGGGCAAAGUCGAAUACUACAUCAAAUGGAAAGGAUGGUCGCAAAAACACAACACGUGGGAGCCAGAGGAAAACAUUCUGGAUGUUAGACUGCUCGAGGCCUUCGAGACGAGCCAUGCAAAGGAGCAUUCGAGGAGGAACAAUUCGAAAUCUCAUAGGCGACGGCGAGAGCUGAAGGAAAGUGUCACUCCAAAGGACGAACCUGCGACCAAAGACGACUCGGAAGAUGAAUCAUCGAGGAAGGAGUCGAGAAGCAGCGCGAGAGACACUUCUGGAGCUGGCACCAAAUCCAAAGAGUCCAAUCACCAUCACCACAGCAAAGACAGCAAAACAGAGGGCAAAGACAAGGAUAGAAGGAGUCCACUUCCGAACCGACCUCUCAGCGCGUCCGGAUUUGUUGAAAGCCCUGCAGAGGCAGUUAAAGUUAAUCAACGAUGUGUCACUCCUCUGGCCAAGGAACACCUCAAAGAUAUUUUAAAACCUCACAAGGAGCCUUCGACAAAGAAGCAUGACGAUCAUUCUCCUCUUGUGAAAAAAUCCACUCCUUCAAUCUCCGAUCCGAAGAAGUCGGCUGGCAAGGACGACAAAGAUAAAGUUCCAACGACGAAGGAUCACCAUGCACAUCGAGAGAACAAGGAGUCCACCGGCAAGCCCACUGCGAGCCCCACCGCACAUCAUCAAACUUUUGACAGCAGCGUUCCCUCGCUCGACAACGGUACCCAGCCGUCUUCACAGAAUCAUCGGGAAAAGCUGAAACGAGAUCGGGAACGCGAUGAUGACGACGGCGGCGGCGGCGGUGGGAAACCGAAGAACGACUUGGGCUCCCCGGAAAUCAAGAAGUCUCGGUUGGAUACGUCGUCGCCGACAUCGAAGUCCGAACAGAGGUCCAACGAGAAGUCAUCGGACACCUUCGACCGUUUGAAGGCGUCUGACGAAACUCGCGACAAGGACAAUCUGUCCGAGCGCAGUAGCGCGAAGGAGUCCUCGGUCGAUUCCGUCAGUCAAGAGGGAUCCUGGGACAACGAAAAGGCCCGCAAGGAGUGGUUGAACGAAGACAGCUCUGCCGACAGUAGUGUGGUCGCAGCGGCCGAACCGGAACCGAAACGUGCGGCAUUGGCUGCGAAGAGCGCAUCUGCGCAGAACGAUGUCGGCCGACAGAACAAGACGGUGGUAACGCAGAGCUCCAUGACUCACGCCUCCUCAGCGCCUCGUUCGUUAGUGUCUGCGGAUGCCAACCGGACUGCGAAUACUUCUCAGGUUGUCGCAAAACAAGCGGACGCAAAGGUCGCGACCGGACCACAACCGCCGCCACCGCAGCAACAAGCGCAGCAGAAGCAGCAACAACAACAUUUGCAACAACUCAAACUGAAUCUUCAACAACAACUGCAGCAACAACAACAACAGCAGCAGCAACAGCUGCAACAACAACAACAACAACAGCAGCGACAGCUGCAACAACAUCAACAACAGCAGCAGCAACAGCUGCAACAACAACAGCUACUGCAAUCACAGCAGCAGCAGCAACAGCAGCAGCAGCAGUCGCUACAGCUCACGCAACAAAACUCAGUUGCGGUCCGUGCGGCCUCCACGGAAGGAAAAGCAGAAGAGACGACUAAACCUCCUCCGGCGAAUUGCGUUCAAAACUCCACGCAGUCCGUGGCCUCGAAUCAGGCUUCUUCGAAAGCCAAUCAGUUCAUGAUGAAAUCUGUGGUGGCUAGAAACGUGCCAACAUUAUCCAAAGGAUCUCAAAUGCUCCCUGGUGCCCCUAUCGUCACCUCGGUCACGGCGUUGGGUCCGAGCGUGUGUCCACCGACGACCGCGUCAUCCUUAAUGCCCACAAUCCGUCCCAAACCCAUGCCACAGGCGACGUCGAUGUCGACGUCGGCAACGGCUCAAACGGGUCAGGCGGUGCCUCCACCGCAACAAUCCCAGGCGCAGCAGCCGCAGCAUCAGCACCACCAACAACCUCCGACCCAUGCGAACUCGCUGAACAAUCUCCAAGCGGGUCCGAUACUUCCGGUCGGUAUGCACUUACCUCCCGGGGUUCAAGUCACUCCGGCUCCGAACGCCUCACAAGUUCCAGGUGUAGUGAACCAGAGCGGGUUCAUUCCUAAAGUGAAUCGCGUGAACUCUCAUCCUGCAGAUAAGAAAAUCAUUCCUAGGAUAUUGGAUCGGAACUCUCAUAAUGCAGUGUCACCGGUCGCCGCCAGAUCGACGACAACGUCAGCUCCGAUUUCCAUAGCUAUGCAAACUGGUGUUCAGCAAGCCCAGACGCCUGACCACCUACAGUCGAAUCUCGGCGCUCCACCCGUGCAAGCACCCCAGCAACGCGUUAGGAGAAAGCAUAAGGAAGUCGCAACGGUCAGACAAAUUCUCGCUUUCACGCAGCAGCAGCUACAGCAGCAACAGUUACAGCAACAACAACAAAAAGCAGCCAAGCAGUCAGCCAAUAACGGGCCUGCCGCUUGUCAAGCCAAUGCCAACAUGAAUUCCACCUCAACAACGAUUCCCACGACGGUUCCUCCCACGUCGAGCAACGUCACCUCUUCCUUGUCAAGGCCCACAAGUUUCAACUCGAACCCAGUGAGUCUCCCGCUGAGCUCGGAUCCAAGCGCCCCGGUCCCGACACCUGUCGCCACGAAUGGGUCUCUGAAUUCAACGACACCCGCUGUACCUCAGACACCUCCGCAGCCCUUGAUCCGAUCGGCAAUCGCCGACUGGCAGCCAACGCCUCCGAACCUCGUUAACAAAAUCCUAAUCACCGACGUGAAGGUGAACGCGGUCACGGUGACGGUCCGGGAGUGCAAAACGUCUCACGGCUUUUUCAAGAGUCGGACGUGA